AUGGACACGCGCUUCACUCGGGGGAAAUCCAACAUCUUGGAGCGCCCUCUAACCCGCCCCAAGACUGAGGUCAGCGUGAGCGCCUUCGCCCUCCUGUUCUCAGAGAUGGUCCAGUACUGUCAGAGCCGCGUGUACUCCGUGUCGGAGCUGCAGACGCGCCUGGCGGACAUGGGUCAGAGCGUGGGAGCCAGCAUGCUGGACGUGCUGGUGCUGAGAGAGAAGAACGGGAAGAGGGAGACCAAAGUGCUGAAUAUGCUCCUUUUCAUCAAGGUUAACGUGUGGAAGUCUUUGUUUGGGAAGGAGGCCGACAAGCUGGAGCAGGCCAACGAUGACGACAAGACCUAUUACAUCAUAGAAAAAGAGCCGCUCAUCAACGCGUACAUCUCUGUGCCCAAAGAGAACAGCAGCCUGAACUGCGCCGCCUUCACCGCCGGCAUCGUGGAGGCCAUCCUCACACACAGCGGCUUCCCUGCCAAGGUCAGCCACUGGCACAAAGGCACCACGCUGAUGAUAAAGUUUAACGAGUCCGUCAUUGCCAGGGACAAAGCUUUGGACGGCAGAUAAAAGACUGAAGAGGUGUUAAUGAAUGCAGGAUGAAUGAUUCAUCAAAGUCCAGACUCGGUUUGUUCCUGACUGAAUUUCUUCGUGGUAGCUUAUGAGAGGAUGGAGGGAUGACAGCGGCGGGCUGAGCCACGUCUGGAGCAGAAAACAUGCAGCUGGUCGGUUCAGUCCUCCAUGUUUUUGUGGACCAUCUCACUCCUGUUUGACCUCAUGAAGUGACACAGAAUUGUUUAGUGAUUUACGUCCCACAUGAUUCAUUAUUUUGGUGUUUUCAUCAGUAAUCCUCUUAUUUUUAAAGGUCAGAUUUGUAGAAUUUAGUGGCAUCUAUUGGCAGAAAUUGAAUAUAAAGCUCG